AUGAACGAUAAUAGUGAAAUGGAUAUUUUUUAUUCUAAAUUUCAAACAUAUAUUGAUACCUUGGAUAUAAAAAAACGUAAUAAAUAUACAAUCAAAAGUGAUAUGUACUUGGACAUUUUAAAUGUUCUUAAAGAAAACAAUAAGAAUACAUCAGCAAAGUUCAAGUUUUGGGUUAGACAAACAUUUCGACUUGUUCAAAUAGGUUCAACAGAUUUAGUUUAUGUUAUAAAAAAUGAUUUACCACUUGUUACACAUGAACAAAUUUAUUAUAGAGUUGUUGAUUCUCACGUUGCUGUCGGUCACUCAGGAAGAGAUAAAACUUGGGCAGAGUUUCCAACUCCAAUUAGUGGAAAACCAAUUGUUUCUAUUGGAUUCUUAACACGAUUACAAGUCGAUCUAAUCGAUAUGCGUAGUGUAUCAUACGACGGUUUUAAUUUUAUCAUGCACGCUAAGGAUCAUUUUACCAAGUUUACUUGGUUAUAUGCCUUACCAUCAAAAGAAGCUAUUCAUGUAGCUAAUAAUUUACGUAACAUGUUUUACACAUUCGGGCCACCGAAAAUUUUACAAAGCGAUAAUGGAAAAGAAUUUGUAGCAAAAAUUAUUUUAGAUCUUAAAAUAAAUUGGCCUGAUUUGAUAAUCAUUAAUAGACGACCACGACAUCCUCAAAGCCAGGGUCUCGUAGAGCGAUCUAAUGCUGUAGUACAACAGAUGUUAGGAAAAUACUUAGAAAAAAAUAAAACACUUAAUUGGCCUGAUGCUUUAGGAUCAGUCAUGUUAGCCAUGAAUAAUUCAAUGUCACAAGCUACCAAAAAAACAGCAUAUGAAAUGGUUUUUGGUCAAGCUCUACGUAUUGAUCAUGAUUUCUGGCAGGAAAUAUAUAAACAAUCAAAAAAUUGUUCAGUUAUUAAUGAAGAAGAAAUUGAUGAAUCGAUUCUUAUUGAUUUCAAUUUGUUUAAUGAACCAUCAACCACGAAAGAUUCUACAUGUAUUCAUAUUUCUUCAUCAAAUUCAAAUUUAUUAUCAAAUAUAUCUGAAACUGAAUUUGCAGAUAAAUUUUGUGAAAAUACCUCACAUAAAAGAAUUCGUGAUGAAGCUGAAAUAUGCUACCUUCAAACAGCAGAACGUCAAUUAAAGAAUUACGAACGGGCUUUAAAAAAACAAAAAAUAUUUCAAAUAAAUGAUAUAAUAGGCUUAAAAAUUGCCAAUGUCGAUCGUUCAAAUAUGGCACCAUCCAUUCUACCAUGUAGAAUAGUUCAAGUACUUACAAAAGAAGAAUCUUUAAAUACGACCUAUAAAGUAGCUACUUUAUAUGGAAUUAUUUCUGACUCAUUUUCAUCUUCUGAUUUUACUGACUUAUCCAAAACUAUAUCAUCUGAAUUACGGCAAUUAGAUAUCAAAACAUUAUCAUCUAUUACUUUUAUUCAGGCUUGUCAAAAAUUUACACAGUAUAAAUCAUAUCAAGUUUGCAAAUGCGUUGGUUCAUGUGAUACAAAUCGAUGUCCAUGUAAGAAACAAUCAAUAAAAUGUUGUAGUAAAUGUCAUCGUGGUAAAUGUAUUUUAUGUAAAAACAAUAUCUAA